AUGGCCGAUCAGCCCGCCAACAACGCCCCGCAAAGUCAGUCCAGCCGUUCUUUUCUGGACAGGCUGAAGGGCUUCUUUGGCUUUGAUAACAACAAUGUCGAUCCCGAGGAAUUGCGUACCAGGAAGGACAUCGAAAUCCACACUUGGAACGGUCCAACUGAUCCUGAGAACCCGUUCAACUGGAGUCUCAAGUACAAAUGGCUCCUAACGGUCACCGUCUGCUUCAUCUCCAUCUUGACUGGACUUCCGGCAGGAACGUAUGGAUCUGGAAAUGACUGGAUGGAAGAGAAGUUCCAUGUCCAGAACUCCCCCUUUCCCAACCUGUACUGGGCAACGACGUCCUGGAAUAUGGGCGCUGCCUUCUGGCCGUUGAUUUUUGUGCCUCUCACUGAGUCUUCUGGUCGUAUGCCUGGGUAUUUUGUUGCCUACGUGAUCCUGGUGAUUUCACUAUUCCCGUCGGCAUUCGCGAAUAACUUCGCCACACUGGUUGUCACCCGUUUCUUUGGUGGUGGUGCCUCAUCGGUGUCCAUCAACAUUGUCGGAGGGAGCAUCAGUGACAUUUGGUUGGGCGAGAAGGCUCGCAGUCUGCCUAUGUCAUUGUUCGGCUUCACCAGUGUUAUAGGCAUCGCACUUGGUCCCUUCAUCGGUUCGGCCAUUGUGCAGAUCCACAAGUCUGACCCUUGGCGUUGGAUCUUCUACAUUCAGAUUAUCUAUAACGCCGCUCUUAUCCCCGUCUUUUACCUAAUCCUCAGCGAAACCCGCCCUGAUGUGAUCUUGAAGAAACGGGCCCGAAAGAUCCGGAAGGAAACCGGCCGACCUGUGUAUGCCCAAGCAGAGCUUGACAGGGUCAACACCCUCAAACUCCUGCAGAUCUCCUUCCAACGUCCCACACGCAUGCUCUUAACUGAGCCUGUCGUCAUCUUCUUUACACUCUGGAUCAGUUUUGCCUGGGGUAUCUUGUAUCUAUUCUUCUCCAGCGUUGUCCAAACCUAUAGUACCAACUAUGGCUGGGGCGUUAUGGCCACCGGCCUCGUUCAGCUCGCUAUCUCCGUGGGUGCCGUCAUCGGUACAGCCAUCAACCCUCUCCAGGACUGGAUCUAUCUGAGUUCCGCCAAACGCAACUCCGAAACCCCCGGGAAGCCCAUCCCCGAGGCUCGUCUCUACACUGCUAUUCCCGGUAGCUUGCUCUUCGCAGGCGGUCUGUUCUGGUAUGGCUGGGCCAGUAUGCCCGACGUGCAUUGGAUCGUGCCCACCAUCGGUAUCACAGCUGCCGGUAUCGGUAUCUACUCCAUCUACAUGGCUGUGGUCAACUACCUCACCGACGCGUACGAGAAGUACGCCGCCUCAGCUCUGUCGGCUGCUUCGUUGGGACGUAACUCGUUCGGUGCUUUCUUGCCCCUGGCUUCGCCUCAGCUGUUCUCGAAUCUCGGCUUCGGAUGGGCCGGUUCCUUGUUGGGCUUUAUCGGUAUCGCGCUUUCGGUUGUCCCUGUUGUUUUGGUCCUGAAGGGUCCUCAGAUUCGUCAUCGUAGUCCGUUCAUGCGCGAAUCCAUGUGGACUUCGGGCGAGGUUGAUGAGAAGGAUGAGCCUACUAGUGCGGAGAAGGUGCCUGCUGCCGAGAUCCCGUGA